CAGCAGCAGCAGCUGAUCCCCGACGACCAGUACGCCGUGCGCCGCGCCGACGCGUCGCAGCAGAUCGAGGCGCAGGUCGCGGAGAUCUCGUCGAUCUUCGGCCGCGUGUCGCAGCUCAUCAAGGACCAGAACGAGUCCGUCGAGCGCAUCGAGUUCAACGUCGAGGCCGCGGACGCGGACGUCGAGUCCGCCCAGGAGGCGCUCCUCGCGAAGCUCGGCGCGAUGUCGUCGAACACGGCGACGGCGCUCAAGGUCGGCGGCAUCGUCUGCGCGACGCUCGUGGCCUACAUCCUCAUCAUC